UGUGGAAUGGAUUAGGUCCGGGGAUCAUUUUAACUACUGGUAGUAAUGUCAUGUGAUCUCCCUGACCAAUCAGCUAUCGAAGACAAAUGCUACAGUAACACAAAUUGUGCAAUGACUUUUGACAUCCUGGAGUGGUGGACUUCCUGUCUCACAGUAUUUAAGGCUCAGACGUACAUGCUGUAUUGUCACUGGGUGUGCACCGUGAGUAUCUUUGAUUUGAUAGGCGCUACAAGAGGAACACCAGUCAAUCUAAAGGAACCACCAGAGUGUAGGAGCACAACAGGAAAAUAUUAAAAGACCUUGAACUUGGAAUCUGAAGGAACCCCCUGCCAUUCACCAGAUCCUGCAACAACAAGCACCGUCAGGGAUGGCUGGAGAAAACCUCCACAACGUUACGGACGACAUCCCAUCCACUUGGAUCAUCAUUGAAACCGUUGUACAGUGGACGACGUUCACCAUCGGUUUUCCUCUGAUCUGUCUGUCCAUUUAUGCCAUGUACUUCCUGAUCAGAGCUGACCACAUCGCUCCAGUCUACGUUAUCAACCUUCUUAUUGCAGAUCUCAUUCAGAUCUGCACGAGGCCCUUCAACCCGUCUGAUACCUGGAAAUUGAUUGUGAUGUUAAUUGAAUUCUUUGGUAUUAGUGCGAGCAUUGGUUUCAUGGUAUGUGUCGCUCUGGAGAGAUAUCUCGUGAUUGCGUUUCCUCUCUGGUACCGUUUUCGUCGUAACAUCAAAUACUCGCUCAUAACGUCCUCCGUCGUCUGGGUUAUCCCUUUCCUCCAAAUCGCCAUGUUGUACCUCACGCCUACUCUCGAGACGAAACUGAUUCUGUUUGCGGUUAACCUCCUCAUACCCUUUCCAUUGCUCGUAUUCUUCCUCGCGGGCACGUUGAAAGCUCUGUCCGUCUCCGUCUCCGUGACGGCUGUCGAACGGAGACGGAUUAUUGGUACCCUGGCCCUUGUGCUGGGCAAUUACACAGUCCUGUUCUUACCCCUCGUCAUACAAUAUCUGAUAUCAGGGGUGACAGGCCGUCACAAUGUAGAGAUCGGGACACUCUUUGAGAGAUUCAGCCCCCUUGUGGAUCCCUUACUCUACGUGUUCAUGAGAAAGGGAGCGAAGGACACUCUGGCUUUCCCCUGCUUCGACAAGCUGAUGGGUGACGAGGAGCAGAGCCAAGUCACUAACACUAUGACCAUGACUGAUAGUGUAGUGGAAGGCUCCAGGUAGGACAGAUGCAGGGAAAUGGACUGUGUCUGUACGACUCACUAUGUAUAACUCCUAUCAACUCCUUGUUCUUUUCUUUGUUAAAAUUAUACCUUUUUUACGGUCCUCCCGUGUGGCGCAGCGGUCUAAGGCGUCACUACAGACCCGGGUUUGAUUCCAGGCUGUGCCAUAACCGGCCGCGACCGGGAGUCCCAAGUUGCGGGCACACAAUUUUCCCAGCAUUGUCCGGGUUAGGGGAGGGUUUGACCAAGGGGGAGAUUUACUUGGCUCAUCACGGUCUAGCGACUCCUUGUGGCGGCCCGGGCGCCUGCAGGCUGACUUCGGUUGCCAGUGGACGGUGUUUCCUCCGACACGUUGGUGCAGCUGGCUUCUGGGUUUAAGCGUGCAGGUGUUAAGGAGUGCGGUUUGGCUGGUCAUGUUUCAGAGGAUGCAACCUUAGCUGCAACUCCCCAACGGGCUUCGGGGGAGGCAAUGAGACAAGAUCGCAAUUGGAUAGCACGAAAUUGGGGAGGAAAAAGGGGUUAAAAAAUGUAUUGUUUUAUUGUUGUAGUUAAAAUGUGAAGAAUACAUUCCUUGCUUAUUUUAUAUACAAUACAUGACAUACUGUAUUGUACUCAGCCCUAUUCUGCAUUGCGCUGUCUGUGUUGGGCUUGUAUUGCAGCUUUUCAGAAAAAUAUGGACUUGUUUCCUUCAAUAAACUGAUAAUGUGGAUAUUUGA